AUGCUAUCUCAAGAUGUAUCAUCAUCUUCAUUAACUACUACACCAUUUUCUUCGGUGUCUUUUUCAAAACUUCGUUGUCCAAGUCCAGUAUGUUCCUCACCAACAUUGAUCGAACAACAAGCAAUUGCAGCAACAUUAACAAAAAAGAUCAUUAAUGAUAUUGAACAAAAUAAAACAGUAACUCGAACAGUAAUAAAAUCUAAAUCCAUUUCCGAAAUCCCUACAACAACAGCAAUAACAACCACAACAAUUAGCACACCUAAACAGUCAAUCAUCCCUUUACCACAGACAGUAAAUAAUGGUGUUACAACUAUUACUCCCACCGCCGCUAACAACAAUAAUAACUUAGAACCGUUGGAUACAGGAUUUGUAGCCAGUGCUGUUCGAAAAUUAUUAGCACAACAUAAUAUCGGACAACGAAUAUUUGCUCGAUACAUAUUAAGUUUAUCACAAGGAACAGUUAGUGAAUUAUUAUCGAAACCCAAAACAUGGCAAAAACUCACGGAAAAAGGAAAAGAAAGUUAUCGAAAAAUGUGGUGUUGGGCUAAUUCAGAAGAAAGUAUAUUAACAUUAAAAAGUAUUAGUCCAAGAAAAGGUACAAUGAAUCGAUCAAAAGAUAAUAUUUAUCAUACUACCAUUAAAGAAGAACGUGGAACAGAACAAAAGAUUGUUCAAACAUUGACGGAUGCUCAGAAACAAAUAUCAAAGGAUCAUUGUUUAUUUCCACAGGAAAGGACAACAUCCAUUACAAGUACCCAUGAGCUAGCGUUACAUACUGAUCAUAAUAAAUGUCAUUCAUCUUCGUCGACCUCGUCACUAGACGAUAAUAUCAUUGACAAAACAUCACAACAACCUCCGUCAUUGCUAACGUCAAAAACAUUUUUUUCACCAUUAUUGUUAAACAGAGUCAAAAAUGAACCAUCUAUAAAUGAAAAUAAUCAGUGUUCAUCGUCUUCUAUACCAUCACUAUUGGCACAACAACAACAACAACAAAAAUUGACAAUGUGUAAUGAUAAUUAUCGAAACUGGCUAAUGUUAAACGAAAUUGUACGUAACACCGAUUUAUUGAAUCAAUUAAAUGGAAUGAAAAAUGAUGAAAAAAAAAUGGAUGACGAGAUGAAUGAUGAAAAUGAAGAUGAAGAAAUACCAGCUGAUAGAAAAGGAAUCGAACAACCGUUAGAUUUAAGUAUGAAAUUUAGUACAAUGGAUGAUAAACUCGAUGCACUAUCAUCAGCGUCUUCUUCAACAAACGAUCUAAACUCGGAUGAUUUGUCCACUAAUCAAUCACUUAUCACAUCAAAAUUAUCGUUAAAUUCGAUUAAACCAGUUAAAUCCAUUUUGCCACCUAUCCGUGAAUAUGACACAAUGAAAUAUCGCUAUAUAAACACAAAUGAAUUAGUACAAACAAUCAAAGAUAUAUUAAGUCGAUAUAGCAUAUCUCAAAGACAUUUUGGAGAAAAAAUACUUGGCCUAUCACAAGGCAGUGUGAGUGAUAUAUUGGCUAGACCAAAACAAUGGGAAUUAUUAACACAAAAAGGACGUGAACCAUUUUUGCGAAUGAAAUUAUUUUUGGACGAUAAACAAGCAGUUGAACAAUUAAUACAAAAUAUUCCAGCAACAUUGACAACGACUACUCCCACUGUUACAGUCACAAAUACGAAUGCCAUAAAAGCAAUUACUAAUCCAUCAUUACUGCGAACUGCAGUUAACAUCAGUAAUGGACAUCAUCCAUCAUUAACAAGAACAAAUUCAACAGAUUCUCAACCUUGUUCAGUUAAAAGUGAAACAGUAACAACAGUAGAUACGAUAAACGGUAAUGAUAAUAGUAAUUUAUCUGUAAUGAAACAGAAUCGUUAUCAAGGUAACAGGUACCAUUCUUCUCGAACAAAACCAUCUCGUAUUACGAAUAACAGAAAACAUUCAUUAUCACAUAAUAAUUUAUCUACACCAGUAUUGGCACCGUACGAAUUACCAAAAGUACCUAUACCAACUGUUAUUGAUACCGAACAAUUAAGUUCACAAGUACGUGAAUUAUUAUUUGCCUAUAGUAUUGGACAACGAGUAUUUGGCGAGGCUGUUUUAAAUUUGUCACAAGGAACAGUUAGUGAAAUAUUGUCAAAACCGCGUCCAUGGCAUUCAUUAAGUGUAAAAGGACGAGAACCCUAUAUGAGAAUGUAUACAUGGUAUAAUGAUAUCGGUAAUGUUCACAAAUUAUUAGCAUGGAAACGAGAAAGAGAUGUAUUAAGGCGAAAUUAUCCCGAAGGUGAUUAUGAAGGUAGUCGUCCAAAACGUCGUUGUCUAUUUACAGAAGAACAGCGUCGAAUACUAAAACAAAUAUUUGAAAAAGAACCUUAUCCAAGUCAACAAACAUUAGAACAAGUUGUUAAUGAAUUAAAUUUACCAAUGAAUAAAAUAGCCAAUUGGUUCCAUAACUCAAGAAUGCGUGCUAAAACAUCUAGGCGAUCAUCAACAACAGCGACUGAUGUUAUUGACGGCGGUUGUGGUAGUGAGAGUAAUACAGAUGGUUUAGUAACAAAUUCAAUUGAUGACACAUCUCGAUCAUCAUCGAAAGAUAACAAUCAUCAACAUGAAGAUGAUGAUAAUCAACUACAACAGGAUAAUUCAGAUGAAAGUGAUGAUGAAAGCGAUCUAGAAAAUGAAACAGAUGAAUAUCCAAUGCCAACAUUUGUACCUGUAACAAGUACGUGGCUAAAUGGUAGUAAUGAUGCCGAUGGUUCAUGUCCAACUCCUAAAAUAGAUCAUAUCCGAUUUAAUCCUCGCCGUUAUCAAUAUUUAACUUUAAAUCAUGAUAAUCCAACAAUAGCAACAACCAAUAUUGUUUCAUUAAUUAGUGAUAUAAAAACAUCAUCAUUACCAACAACAAGUACGAGUAGUAGUAAAAAACGUAAAUCUAUACCACAAAAGAUUAUUGUUAAAAAAUUUGAUAAUACGUCAAUUACAAAUGAGAAUGAAGAAGAUAGCAACAUUAGACGAACGUUAGAUAAAAAAAAAGAAAGUUUUAUUAAUAAUGAUACAGAAAAUUGUAUGAAAAAAACGUGUACUGAUAUUAAUACGCAAGAGCAACAACCGUCCAUUUAUCAAGUGUCAAUAAAUGACUCGUCAGGAGAACAACAAGGAAGUGAAAAUGAAAGCGGCAGCAAUCAUGACGAAUCAUCAAUUGUCGAUGUUGUAUCAUAG